AUGACGGGCGGCUAUGGCGGCGCCGACAUCAUCAAGGACUGCACGAUCGGUGUAGACAAGGGAGAGAUCGCCGUGAUCGUCGGACCCAAUGGCGCCGGUAAGUCGACCGCCAUGAAGGCGAUGCUCGGCAUGCUGACGAUCCGCAAGGGCCAUGUGCGGCUGGGCGACAAGGACAUCACCGCGCUGACGCCGCAGGCACGGGUCGGCGAGGGCAUCGCCUUCGUGCCGCAGACCAGCAAUGUCUUCACCGGCAUGAGCGUCGAGGAAAACCUCGAAAUGGGCGCCUAUCUGCGCCGCGACGACAUCCGGCAGACCAUGGCCCAGGUCUAUGACCUGUUCCCGGUCCUGAAGGAAAAGCGGCGCCAGAACGCGGGCGAACUGUCGGGCGGCCAGCGCCAGCAGGUCGCCGUCGGGCGCGCGCUGAUGACGCGGCCCUCGGUCCUGAUGCUGGACGAGCCGACCGCCGGCGUCUCGCCGAUCGUCAUGGGCGAACUGUUCGACCGGAUCAUCGAGGUGCGCGACACCGGCCUUGCCGUGCUGAUGGUGGAGCAGAACGCACGCCAGGCGCUGGAGAUCGCGGACCGCGGCUAUGUUCUGGUCGGCGGCGUCAACUGGCGCGAAGGCACGGGCGAGGAACUGCUCGCCGAUCCCGAAGUGCGCAAAUCCUUCCUGGGGGGCUGA